AAUGAAAGAAGUACAUCUUAGCGUACACUUAGAACUCGUUCCGUUUAUAUACGUCCUGGCAAAUUUUGAUUUUAUUCUAAAAUUUUAAUUGUUAUUGUUUAAAAAAAAAAGAAAUGGAAUAACUUUUCAAGAUUGUAUAUAUAAGCAAUGCAGAUGGUACUGACGGUAUUAGUUUCAAUUAGCCCAACAAUGAAAGGAUACAUGAAACUUCUGGCAUUGGCAUGCCUAGUGGCUACGGCCCAGGCUGGCUUCUUGUAUGGUGGAGGCGGCGGCGGAGGUGCUCAUGUUGACACUUAUAAAAUUAUAACCUAUGGUAGUGGAGGUGGCGGCGGCGGAGGCUGGGGUGGCGGUGGUGGAGGAUGGGGAGGCGGUGGCGGCGGAGGCUGGGGAGGUGGUGGCGGUGCUCAUGUUACCGUUUACAAAAUCAUAAGCAACGGAGGUGGUUGGAAUGGAGGAGGCGGAGGUUGGGGUGGAUGGGAUAAAUAAAUAUAUUUUUACGCGAUUCAUCUGCUAAAAUACAAAAUAAAGUGUAAGACAAAUUAUUUAAUAAAUUAAAAAAAAAUAAAGGAGUUAAAAUUUAUUUUCCGAGGCCAUAGAUAAUUGAAUUAUAUCCAAAGAAAAUGACUCCUUUACAAAACAAAUAACAAA